ACUGAAAGAAAAUUCAUCAGUUUUUUACAACUCAUUGUAGUUUUUUACAACAUGGUUAGCACUAGUCGUUUCAAUUACGCUAUUUUAGGCAUUGCCACCAUGUGGUCUGUGCUUAUUUUUAUUCUUUACUCGAACAGUUCUGCAUCAUGUUCGGCUGAAACAGAGAGGUUGAAAAUGGCUGUGGAUAGGAAAGACAGAUUUCUCGAGUUGCUUCGCGAUCAAAAUGAUGAACUUAAAGGGAAAGUCUCCAAACUACAAGACGAAUUACAGAAAUAUGAAGCCGAGAAAAGCGCACAAGAGAAUUUGUAUCGUAUCAAGCGAGGCUAUCGUACAACUGAACCCAACAGAAAAUAAUAAAACUUUGCGACACGUCUUACUUGGUUACAAAUAAAAAGUCGCUUCUGUCAGGAAAUGACAAACAGCUUCAUACAAAGUUUGUCGAAAAAGUCAAACGACAGGCACUAUUCAUCAAGAAUUUAGUACGAACUUGGAGACACAAUGAAUAUAUUUGAGUAUAGAAUUGGCUUUUUACUUCAAAGUAUUUCUCUAAAC